UUGGAGAAGAAAAGGGAUAGAUAACUAAAGAAAGAGCAAAACUGCCCCAAAAAAAAGGCAGUAGUGGGCUAUGAGGGGAGGUGCUUCGCUUAUCACUCAAAAAUCAAGAAAAGGUGAAAGCAAGAGAGCAAACAAUGGGCUUUGCAACAGGGAGUUCUUCAUUUCUCCAUCAUUCCCUCUUCCCCCCGCCCUCUUCGCCCUGUAUUUUGCAACCUCCAUUCUCCCCGAGGAAUGGGCUCACUCCGAGAAAGAAUAGAACAGCCAUAUCUUGCUCACACCAAGAAAUUACACCAAAAGAUGAGGAUUUUUGCAAGAGGAGAGCGAUUCUUUUCGUGGGGUUUUCUCUAAUUCCGUUGCUUAAUAUGAGGGCGGAGGCUGUUGAAGGAAUUGCUGCAGAAAGUACCGAAAUAAGGACACUUGAUCAGAAACAAAAAGCAGAGCAAUCAGUUCAGGGAAAGUCGUCCCAAAACCCGUUUCUUUCACUUCUCAAUGGACUUGGAUUUUUGGGAUCAGGCGUGCUUGCUGCUCUCUAUGCAUCAUUAAAGAAGGAAAAGGCUGCUUCAGAUGCAACCAUAGAAUCUAUCAAUGUUAAAUUGAAGGAAAAAGAAGCUACGAUCAGUUUUCUGGAGAAAAAGUUUGAAUCAGAGCUAUUGAAUGAGAAAGAAGCGCGAAAUAAAGCCCUUGCAAAAGCGAAUGAAGAGAAACAGUCGUUAGUUAAUCAAUUGGAUCUUGCAAAUCGGACAAUAACAAGCCUUGGACAGGAUUUGCGAAAAGAGAAAAGUUUAGUUGAAGAGCGAACUAUCCAAGUUGAGCAUCUUGAAGUCUACCUCCAAAAGGCUGGGGACGAGAAAAGGGAACUUCAAGAACUGUUGAAGGAGAAGCUAGAUUCUGUAGCAGCCUUGCAAGAACGGGUAAUUUCACUUUCCUCUGAGAUCAAGGACAAGGACGACAAUUUACAGAAAGUUAAUUCCAAACUUGUCGAAAAAGAAAGAGAGUUGAGUCAAUUGAGCUCUAUUUAUCAGCAAGCGCAAGAACAACUAAGUAGUUUGAAUUCAGAGAUCCAACAACUGAAAGAUGUACUCCAGGAGAAGGAAAAGGAACUUGAUUUAAAGAACUUAGCCUUGAAUAAUCUGAAGGCCGAGUUAACUUCUUCACUUGCUGAGAGAGAUGAAUCUCAUAAAAAGCUCGAGGCUGUUCUAAAGGAGUAUGAUCAGUUCAAGUCAUCCGCAGAAAAGAAGGCAGCUUCAGAUGCCAAGCUUUUGGGAGAAAGAGAAGAAGCACUUCACCAGCUUGAGGAACAACUUGAGGUUGCUAAGAACGACGUGAAUAAAAGCAAUGUUUUGAUUUCAGAUUUGACCCAGGAGAAAGACAAUUUAACAGAAAUGCUGAACAUUGAGUUGAAAAAUGUGAAGCAUCUAGAACAGGAACUCAAGAUCACACAAGAAAGUUUGGAGAACUCUAGAUCUGAAGCUUCUGACUUGGCAAAACAGUUGCAGGAGUCGAGACUCUUGUGCUCGGAGCUUGAAGACAAGGUCUCUAGGAUUCAGGUUGAGUUUAGUGAAACUAGAGACUCAUUAGAGAGGGAAGUUAAUGAAGUAAAACUUGGUGCAGAGCUCAUAGCAGGAGAAUUACGGUCAACAAAAGAGCUGCUGAGCAAAUCGAACGACGAGCUGCAAAUGAUAUCCCAAGAACUGGCUGCUAAAGUGCAAAGAUGUGAGAUUUUGGAGAAAGAACUCGAUCAUACCCACAGGAAAGCCGAAAGUGCAGCUCUUGCUCUGGAGGUGGAAAAGAACGUCGUUGCUUCUUUGAACAAAGAGUUAAAGGUUCUCGAAACUCAAAUUUCCAGAGACCGGGAAGCACGAAAAAGUCUUGAAGCAGAUUUAGAAGAUGCUACCAAAUCUCUUGAUGAGAUGAAUCAAGAAACAUUAAAGCUGUCAAGGGAACUAGAGCUUGCUAGUUCUCGGAUAUCAAGCAUAGAGGAUGAGAAAGAGGCGCUCUACAGGUCCCUUGACGAGCAAAAGCAGGUAUCUCAAGAAGUUCGAGAAAACUUGGAAGACGCCCAUAACUUGAUUAUGAGGCUUGGAAACGAGAGGGAUGGUCUGGAAAAGAGAGGAAAGAAACUAGAAGAGGAAUUAGCUUCCGCAAAGGGAGAAAUACUGCGGCUAAGGAGUCAAAUGAACGCGUCAAAAAAUCCUGCGAUCGAUCAGCAUGAGCAAAAACUGGAAGUGGGAAGCAAAUCUGAUGCUUCCCCUAGAAGAGUUACUCGGAGGAGAAAGGUUAACCAGCAGCGAGAAGAUUUGUAGUUGGCUGUGAAUUUAAAUAACAUAUCCACUCGUAUUGAUUAGAAUUAUGGGCUGCUCAUUGUGUUUCAUCUUUUUCUUCAACUGGGAAGUUUUCCUGACCAAAAAAUGCAUUCGUGUAUUAUGAAUAAUUGUUGAGACAAGGGAUUCUUGAUGUAUGAAGAGUGUAUACUAGGGAAGAGGGAGCUCAGUCAGCUGCUUAGUGCUGCUCUCCGUUGUAAUUUGGAUGUGCUGAAUAAACAGCUUAUUUUUAAUUCAUUUGCUGCUUUCUUUUCUUA